AAACCCCAAACUUUAAGUUGUGCUUAUAGCUUCAGCUCAAGCAUCUUGCAUCAGCCUGUGGAUGUAUGCCUACCACCAGGCUCCUUCACCAGCAAAGUGGAAAAAGAAGCGUUUCACAACAAAUUCUUCUUUCUGGGUUGGGGAAACGCAGUGGAUUAUAGCUCUGUUUUCUUCUUUCCAAAACUGUGCACCCCUGGAUGAAAGUCAAAUUCCAUAUUUCACCGGGUGCUCAGGAGGUGAAGGUGUCAAGCUACGGAGCAGUAUGGAUUCUCUCUCGGAGGCCACUCCUGCACUUGGCUGAACAUUUAUUGGGAUAUCAGAUCCUCCAUCAAGGGAGAUCUACAAGUUGCCUGGGGUUCAAUGCUCUAGAAAGUUCCAAGGUUUUUGGCUUGAAUUGUUCUAAAGAAGCUGAAAUAAUUGAAGAGAAGUAGAGGCCAGCUGUUUUUGAGGAUUCUGCUCCACAGAGAAUGCUCUGCCCCUGUUGAUACUCCAGUUCCAACACCAUCUUCUGAGAUGAUCCUGAUUCCCAGAAUGCUCUUGGUGCUGUUCCUGCUGCUGCCUAUCUUGAGUUCUGCAAAAGCUCAGGUUAAUCCAGCUAUAUGCCGCUAUCCUCUGGGCAUGUCAGGAGGCCAGAUUCCAGAUGAGGACAUCACAGCUUCCAGUCAGUGGUCAGAGUCCACAGCUGCCAAAUAUGGAAGGCUGGACUCAGAAGAAGGAGAUGGAGCCUGGUGCCCUGAGAUUCCAGUGGAACCUGAUGACCUGAAAGAGUUCCUGCAGAUUGACUUGCACAUCCUCCAUUUUAUCACUCUGGUGGGGACCCAGGGGCGCCAUGCAGGGGGUCACGGCAUCGAGUUUGCCCCCAUGUACAAGAUCAAUUACAGUCGGGAUGGCACUCGCUGGAUCUCUUGGCGGAACCGUCAUGGGAAACAGGUGCUGGAUGGAAAUAGUAACCCCUAUGACAUUUUCCUAAAGGACUUGGAGCCGCCCAUUGUGGCCAGAUUUGUCCGGUUCAUUCCAGUCACCGACCACUCCAUGAAUGUGUGCAUGAGGGUGGAGCUUUACGGCUGUGUCUGGCUAGAUGGCUUGGUGUCUUACAAUGCUCCAGCUGGGCAGCAGUUUGUACUCCCUGGAGGUUCCAUCAUUUAUCUGAAUGAUUCUGUCUAUGAUGGGGCUGUUGGAUACAGCAUGACAGAAGGGCUAGGCCAAUUGACUGAUGGUGUGUCUGGCCUGGACGAUUUCACCCAGACCCAUGAAUACCACGUGUGGCCCGGCUAUGACUAUGUGGGCUGGCGGAACGAGAGUGCCACCAAUGGCUACAUUGAGAUCAUGUUUGAAUUUGACCGCAUCAGGAAUUUCACUACCAUGAAGGUCCACUGCAACAACAUGUUUGCUAAAGGUGUGAAGAUCUUUAAGGAGGUACAGUGCUACUUCCGCUCUGAAGCCAGUGAGUGGGAACCUAAUGCCAUUUCCUUCCCCCUUGUCCUGGAUGACGUCAACCCCAGUGCUCGGUUUGUCACAGUGCCUCUUCACCACCGAAUGGCCAGUGCCAUCAAGUGUCAAUACCAUUUUGCUGAUACCUGGAUGAUGUUCAGUGAGAUCACCUUCCAAUCAGAUGCUGCAAUGUACAACAACUCUGGAGCCCUGCCCACCUCUUCUACGGCACCCACAACCUAUGAUCCAAUGCUUAAAAUUGAUGACAGCAACACCCGGAUCCUGAUUGGCUGCUUGGUGGCCAUCAUCUUUAUCCUCCUGGCCAUCAUUGUCAUCAUCCUCUGGAGGCAGUUCUGGCAGAAAAUGCUGGAGAAGGCUUCUCGGAGGAUGCUGGAUGAUGAAAUGACAGUCAGCCUUUCCCUGCCAAGUGAUUCUAGCAUGUUCAACAAUAACCGCUCCUCAUCACCUAGUGAACAAGAGUCCAACUCGACUUACGAUCGCAUCUUUCCCCUUCGCCCUGACUACCAGGAGCCAUCCAGGCUGAUACGAAAACUCCCAGAAUUUGCUCCAGGGGAGGAGGAGUCAGGCUGCAGUGGUGUUGUGAAGUCAGUCCAGCCCAGUGGCCCUGAGGGGGUGCCCCACUAUGCAGAGGCUGACAUAGUGAAUCUCCAGGGAGUGACAGGAGGCAACACAUACUCAGUGCCUGCCAUCACCAUGGACCUGCUCUCAGGAAAAGAUGUGGCUGUGGAGGAGUUCCCCAGGAAACUCUUAACUUUCAAAGAGAAGCUGGGAGAAGGACAGUUUGGGGAGGUUCAUCUCUGUGAAGUGGAGGGAAUGGAAAAAUUCAAAGACAAAGAUUUUGCCCUAGAUGUCAGUGCCAACCAGCCUGUCCUAGUGGCUGUGAAAAUGCUCCGAGCAGAUGCCAACAAGAAUGCCAGGAAUGAUUUUCUUAAGGAGAUAAAGAUCAUGUCUCGGCUCAAGGACCCAAACAUCAUCCAUCUAUUAGCUGUGUGUAUCACUGAUGACCCUCUCUGCAUGAUCACUGAAUACAUGGAGAAUGGAGAUCUCAAUCAGUUUCUUUCUCGCCAUGAGCCCCCUAAUUCUUCCUCCAGCAAUGUACCCACUGUCAGUUACACCAAUCUGAAGUUUAUGGCUACCCAGAUUGCCUCUGGCAUGAAGUACCUUUCCUCUCUUAAUUUCGUUCACCGAGAUCUGGCCACACGAAAUUGCUUAGUGGGUAAGAACUACACAAUCAAGAUAGCUGACUUUGGAAUGAGCAGGAACCUGUACAGUGGUGACUAUUACCGGAUCCAGGGCCGGGCAGUGCUCCCUAUCCGCUGGAUGUCUUGGGAAAGUAUCUUGCUGGGCAAGUUCACUACGGCAAGUGAUGUGUGGGCCUUUGGGGUUACUUUGUGGGAGACUUUCACCUUUUGCCAGGAACAGCCCUAUUCCCAGCUAUCAGAUGAACAGGUUAUUGAGAAUACUGGAGAGUUCUUCCGAGACCAAGGGAGGCAGACUUACCUCCCUCAACCAGCUAUUUGCCCUGACUCUGUGUAUAAGCUGAUGCUUAGCUGCUGGAGAAGAGAUACGAAGAAUCGUCCCUCAUUCCAAGAAAUCCACCUUCUGCUCCUUCAACAAGGCGACGAGUGAUGCUGUCAGUGCCUGGCCACGUUACUACGGCUCAGGUCCUCUCUACAAGACCUACCACUCACCCACGGCUAUGCCACUCCAUCUGGACAUUUGAUGAACCUGAGAGACAGAGGCUUGUUUGCUUUGCUGUCUGUUCCUGGUCACCCCCACUCCCUACUCCUGACUCAUAUAUACUUUUUUUUUUUUUUUUUUUUUUUUUUUUUUUUUACAUUAAAGAACUAAAAAAAAAAGCCUAGGGCAGAUACAAUCUAGUAAAAGAAAAUCUUACUUGAUAUACCAAAAUGUUGGAUAACAAAGGCUAGAAAAUUCAGAUAAUUUAUAAAGGUUAACUAUGCUUGUGCUUAUAAAUGUGCAGAUUCUACAAUAUUUUUCCAUGUCACUCUAAAAGAAUCUUCAGAAAGAAAAACUUGAAGAAUACUAAUGUCUUCAAGGGAACAUGAGAUUAAAUUUAGGGAAAGCACUUGAUAGAUGUGGAGAAUCUGAGGACUCAGAAUUCAGCAACUAAUCACAGGUGGUUUUCUAAUUUGGCCUCUGGACAUGUCUCACUGUUUGUAUUUCUCUCUCCUGUCAAAGUGAAUGAUAUAUUCUUGAAAACCCCCAAUUUCUUGAAAUGGGUGUUCCACUCAUUCAUGGACAGGGGUCAGGGUUGACAUUCGUAUAUGAAACAACUGGUGAUAUAGAUAGGAAAGAAUGUUUGCUGCAGGAGUGUAUGAAGGGGGAUUGUCAUUUACAGAAAAAAAGUACCUCAUGGAUGGAAGGAUUCAUGAAUAGAUAAUGGACAUAGGAAAGGAGGUCAAUGGAGGACACAUAACAGACAUGGUAUCCACCAUUUAUUUGUGAUUUUGUAAGAGGGUUGUUUUCUUUGUCUUGUUCAGAUAUUUUCAUGUGUGUGUUUUAGUGAGAAUCUGAGUUUUUAAUCAGUGAAGGCUGAUGUUUUGAUAUCUUGAUGGUAGACUCAAGUUCAUCUUGUCCAAAUCUUCUAGCGUUUUCAAGGAUGAAGUCUCUGUAGGAUCUUUGGGCUUGGGGCUAAAUUUCUCAGGCAUAAAUACCUAAUGGCCUUGUCCAAGAGGGAAUAGAUCUGUUCUGAGUGUCCCCAAAAAAGUUGUCCUAGGACUAAUGUGGAGAAGUUACAGGGAGACUGAUUUCCAUUCCUUAUUGGGGAAAACAAAGCACUCAGAACAUACAAGGAUAAAUGGGCUGCUACCAGAGGUGGGGAGUCUCUUGUCAAAGAAAAUGGAGGUUUUCAAACACAAAGUAGAUGGUGGUGUGAGACAAUGUUUAAUGUCCUUCUAACUCCGAGAGUCCUUGAUUCUAGAGAGGCACAGGAUGAGCAUCUAUUGCUACUGCUGAGUAUACACGCUCUUGCCUCUGAGAUGGUGUGACCCGCAGAAAAGAAAGCUUAAAGCUGUGGCUUCAGAAUUCAUGGAAACAGAACCACUGUCAAGAAGGAAUCUGCUCAGAGCAGAUUCUGAGCUUUCACACGCCACAAAUCAUCAGAUUUAGUGGGAAGCUAGAAAAAGGAACUCUUAAUUUCCAUUGAGGAGAAACAAGAAGACAUUACAAAUCAGCUUCCCAAGCUGAGAAGGAAUGGCCUUGACCCCUUGGGUCUGCCUCUGUUGCCCUCUCCAGUUUACCUUCUACAACAGUUUCUCAGGAUCAUGUGUAUUUCCCCAUUCAGCCUUCAGCAUUGCUCCAGGCCACAGCAUAAGCAUAAAUCCCAAGUCCACAGGAUCCAUUUUUCAGGUCAUCUUCUGAUCCUAGUAAAUGUCCUUUCCCCGUAGUUGUCCUAUGCCUUUGUGCUUUAGUCUAUCCCAGGACUAACUUUGGAGAAAUCAUUGGUUUGAGAGUCAAGAGAACAUUGAUUUGGGAGCUUUAAUCCUCUUUCUGCUUCACACUAAGUGUGUCAUCUUGGCUAAAUCACUUGGUCUUUCUGCAUUUUGUUUUCUUAUUUAUAGGAUGAGGAAAUUAGAUUAAAUAGUUUUGAGGUUCCUUCUGGUUCUGAUACAUCCAGUACUAACUGGAUAAUUGGAUCUAUAACUGAUGGAUUUAGUAAUCUGGUCAUUUCUUGCUCUGAAAAUUGUAACCAGCAAAAGAGAUCAUGGAAGAAAUCACUGUAAUGGUAGUAAUAGUAACACAUGCCAUUCGUAUUGUGCCUUAGGUUUACCAGGUGUUUCCAAAUACAUUAGCAUAUUUGAUAUGUGCAGGGCUAGAUACCUUGGGAACUGCCACGCUUUCAAAAUAAGUAUUCUAAGCUUCAUUAGAAUUAAAGGGACUUGAACUCAGGACCUGCAGCCUAUUCUUCUUUAUCCACAUGCCUCUGGUAGGGCUACAUCCAGACCAUGCCAUGACUUCUUAUGGAGCAAGAGAAAAUAAUAUUAUUUUAUCUUCCUUUGCCUAAAAUCUCUCCACUUAUUCUUUUUUAUGAUUCUGCCCCAGUUCACUGAGUUAUUCUAUGUUUCCAUAUUUGUUUUUAAAAAAUCAUAUUUAAAAUGAACUUACAAUGUCUGAAUUUUCCCAGCCUUGAGUCAUAGAAGUAAUCUGUUUCAGAUGGCUGCCCAAUAUGUAUUAUCAUGUAAUACAUAUCUGUAUCCUUUUCUGGGAUGAGGAAGGCUUCAACUUCUGGCACUGAGACCUUUGUAUUAUAGACACAGGUUUAGUUUCUAGCUUAGUCAUGCCUUUAGAGUUUAGUAGCACAAAUCCAAGCAACCCAACAGAAUACAUGGUGAGGGCCUAGUGUGUAGAGUUCAUACUAAGUAGUUCAUAUUUGAACUACAUAGUAAGUAGUUCAAAUUUGAAUUAGAGGAACAAAGCUAGGACUUAUUUUGAAAAGGAGAUUGAAAAAAAUGAUUGGAGACUGUGGGGCCUUAUUACAUUUGCAGUAAGUUAUCUUCUUCAUGAUAUAUGUGAAUUAUUUUAUGUGCAGAUUGUGUUUUGGGAUUGCCAGAUCUAAAUUUAUAUUCUUGCUGGCUAAUGUGCUGAUAUUUAGGUCUAUCUAAAACUUGAUGUGCUUUCCAGACACAUAUGUGACCAGACAAGAUCUAAAGUGCAAAGCGGUGCCUGAGGAGCAAAAUGUGGUUUUAAUGUUGUGGAAAGAUCACUUGCAAGUAUAUUAAGACUGUAUAAAGAAGAUGAUUGUAUGCAAGUGGGGUGAAAAAAAAAGGAUACGCGAAUGUGCAUAUGACUGAAUGGGGGGAAGGUCAGGGCUAGAAAGGAGGCUACAAAAAAGGGGCAACGGAGAGUGCACAGGAAAGACACAGGGGAAGAUCAAGUUGAGCAAGUAGAAACAGGAGUAGCUGGAGCCAUUGGGAAUCCAUUUUGAAACAAGAAGGAGUUUUGAAAGGGAAUAGGAAUGUAAGUGUCUUGAAGUAAAAGAUAAAUACGAAUGGAGAAAGAAGAAAUUCUGGAUGAUAGAGAUGAUAAAAAUAUUUAUUAAGAAAUGAAGUCAGGUUCAAUGUAUGAAAUGGAAAGGAAUUUUUCAGAAUUUUAAGAAAGGGGAAGUUCCUCUUGGAAAAGAUAUAGCAAUCAUCAGGGAAUGACCUUUUCAUUUCAGAAGUGAGUGAGGAAGGUGGUUUGAGCAUCUGGUGUAUUCUGGACCAUUUCAAGUGCUGAUGAGAAGAAAUCAACUAUUUGCCUGAACUGGGCUUGGUUUUCCAAGUGCUGCUUUGGAAAUGAAGACCCAGAGAUGGGGAGCUUAUGGUAGUUCAUAAAUCUUCAUGUUCUAUUAUCUUUCCUCUGUCAAAAAAGUUCAUUUUCAAUAAUGCCCACCAUUGCUGUGCCCAGAAUAACCACAGGCAAACAUCAAAACGAUAUGCAUAAGUUAGACAAGAUUAAAUCUUGUCUGAUAUCUGCACAAACAGAUAUGCACUAUGUUGGAAACAUGUGUUUUUCUAGUCCCAUCCAGGCUUCCCACAACAAAGCCAUGAUGUGGGUCUAAACCAUGUGUUUUGAGUAAAGGAGAAUAGAAGAAGAGGAGUGUCUGCAAGAUGGAAAUAGAUGAAGAUAUUCCAAGGAAGUAUACUAAAACAGAACAGUGAAUGUUUUGCCCAAAACUACAGAAAGAAAGAAAGAAAGAAAGAAAGAAAGAAAGAAAGAAAGAAAGAAAGAAAGAAAGAAAGAAAGAAAGAGAAAAAAGAAAGAAAGAAAGAAAAGAAAGAAAGAAAAGAAAAUUGCAAUAUAUAGCUACUAAGUCUUUGAUUGUAAGUUGAAUUUAUAGACCUGGAAUUUGCUAUCCUAGUCUUUCCCUUUUAGUAGGACUUCUGUCCUCUGGCAGUGCAUAUGGUAGGUCCCUAAUGUUUCUGCAUCUCCAGGAAGAUGCAGAUCCUUAUUUUUGCUGGGAAAUUCUUCUUAAUAGAAACGUUACAUUUUAAUAAAAACAGAUGAAUGUUUUUUUCACUUGGUAAUAAGUUGUCAAGAACUGAACUUAGAGGGAAAGAGACUGGAGUGGUUAAUGGUGAUUUGAUUUCUGGCAUUUUGAGUUUUCUGCUACAAUUAGCUGCAUUACUUGGUGCCAAAGAGCGGUGAAGAAUUGUUGAGUUGGUGUAUCCUUUAAAAAAACUUGUUACUUUGAAAGAAUUUAAGGCUCACAAGAUGUUACACAAAUAGUAGAGUGGCCUUACCCUAGAUCCAGUUUUCCCCAUUUAUAACAUUUCACUUAGUCCAUUUUCAGAACCAGAAAAUUAACAUUGGCAUAAUGCUGUUAACUAAACGACAGACCUUUUUUCAAUUUCACCAGUUUUUCCACACAUAUUCAUUUAGUUGCUGGAUACUUUUAAUUCUUGCUGAUUUGUAAUCUGGCCUUGCUUGGAUACAACAGGAAAGACACCAUCUGGAUAAAAUUCUACAGUAUUAGAGAGACUGUAACACAUUAAUGUGUUUCUUUAUCAUGAGCAAUACCCUGCCUACAUUGCUUCUAAAUUUUCUGAUUAGUUAGGCUGUUUGGCAUCUGAAACAAUCCAAGCCAAACUUAGAAAUAUUAGGCAACACAAAAGACAGUAAGAACUGCUCAUAGCUUGUUGCCUAGAAAACCAGGUAUAGCAGGAUAUUCUAGAUGCUUCCUGAAGCUUCUACAGUGAGUAGGAUUAGUACUGGGGACAAAAUGAGGAGCUUAGAGUAAACCAGUAUUUCAGUCAAGAGUUAGUUGGCACUUAGUUAAUGGCACUGGGAAUAGCUUGUGGAGAGAAUAGAAUGCAAUGGUAUAGACUCCUAAUGUUUGAUAAAAUACUAUUUUCAGAGUGAUAGAGAGGUUUUAUUUGCCUAAAUAGCUGUUAUUAAAUGGAAUAACAACCACAUUAAACCAAAUUAAUUGCAAACACAGCAGCAACCUGGGGAGAAGUUGAAACUCCAGUUUUGUGGAUUACAGUUUUGAGUUUUAUGAUUGACAUUUUUAAGUCCCCUAUUUAAGGGGUCACAAGAUAAUAACAAUGUGUGUCUUAUUAAGUUCCUAGGUCAUUGUGAGCACUUGAUAAAUAUUUGCUGAAUGUUGUUUUUUUGAAUGAAUUUAAGAUGGAAACAAAAACUUGUCAUCCAGUUAACUAGAGUGAAUGUAGGGAGAAUUUUUUUGCUGUAACAUGGAGAGUUUAUUUUCAAAUGAGGAAAGAGAAAAAAAUGCUCAGACUUGUACCUGGUGAAGUGCAUUCUCUGUUUGUAUACUUUUUGAUGCAGAAAUUGAUCUAUACAGCUGCUUAAUUUUUUGAGGCAUUUAGACAGCAAUGAAAGGUAGUUCUCCACAGGACACCAAUUCAAAAGGAGAGAUCAGACUCUGGCCUUAUACUCAGCCUAUUUGAAACAAGCUAUCUAGUUUCUCCUGCAGACACCUUGUCAACAACAUGCAACAAUGUCAGGUGCCUUGCAGGAAAAUAAUCUGAGUCCCAAGCUAGCCUGUGCUCAUCGACAAUUACAAUGAACAUAUCAAGGAAGAAUUUGCAGAGACUCAAAGGAAGCACAAUGGGGUAAGGUAAUCAUUUUCAGUGAAAAACUGUUUUCUUGAAAAGAGGCUUCCUGCAAACACACCAAGAGUCUGUAAUCUAGCCUAUCCAUUAUAUAUCCUUUAUUAUUCAUGAUAUCCUAUUCUUCUACCCUGUUGCCUGGUAACUUUUUCUGAGGACUGAGUUUCUGCAGCAAUGUGGUGCACUCUUCCUGUGAUGAGGAAACAUCUGGGCCCCCUUCUGCAGGCUUUGGAAGGUGAUGUGUCUUGUCAAGGGGUAAAGAUAAAAUGGAUUUAAUUUCUGCUUAAAACUAUCAUAGACGUUCCAAAUAGAAUACGUAAAAUUUCUCUGUAUUAGAAAAAGAAACGUGAUACCAAUUGUAUAUUUUCUUUUCUUUAUUUAUUCUCUGUAAGUCUGUCAGAUGAUAAAUUGUAAAUAACAAUGAUUAAAGAGUCAUGCUACUGAUGGA